GAAGCACUCGACCUUGGCCCUGACAGACACCCCAAGCAGGCACAUGGCUGUGAACUGAGUGGGCUGGAAACGAGCUGGCCACAGGCGGGAGCCACCGUGCUCAGGUCCUGGGGAGGGGGAGAAGCUGCCUGCGGCCGGUGGCCAGCUCAGGGCUCGGCCACAGCAUUGUGGAAAGGGCCUUGGUGCUCAGCAGCACUGGGAGGGGCCGGUGUGGAGGCAGCAGGGCCCACUAAGCCUUGGCAGGACAGGAGGGAUUCGGCCUGAACCCCCAUUUGAGGAGCCAUGGCCAGGAUCUGCCCUGGCCUGCUGCUCUGGAUGACCAUGGUGGCCCUCACGUCCAGAGGUGUCCAAGCCUGGGGUUCGAAGAAGGUGACGAGGGAAUUCCAAGACAUCCCAGCCUCCUACGUGUAUGUGCAGCAGGCGCUGUGGUUUGCCAUGAAGGAGUACAACAAGGCCAGCAAGGACAAGUAUGUCUACAAGGUGAUGAACGUUCUGAGGUCCCAGGAGCAGGUCACGGAUAGUUUGGAUUACCUUCUUGAAGUCGAAAUUGAGCGGACAAAGUGCAAGAAAAUUUCAGGGAAAACUGAAAACUGUUCAGCACAAGAGGAUCCCCAAAUGCAGAAGGCAUUUUAUUGCACCUUUAUUGUGGCAUCCAAACCCUGGAAAUUUGAACUCCAGAUGCUAAAGAAAGAAUGCAGUCCUAUCUAAUGGUCAGCUAGCCACUCUACAGCUCUUGUGUGCAUUUCAAGAAGUGAAGAUACUUGUAAAACACUUAAAUAACACAUCUGACCUCUCGACUUC